AGUUCUCUUCUCAGUUUACUCUCAACUCUCAAGUACUAUCCCAAAGCUAUCCCAAAUCACCGGGCAACCACAGCAAGCAUCCCUGCUCUGCUCCCGCUCUCUCUCAUCUCACAUGGCGACGGCGGCUGCCAGUCGACCCAGCGGGCCGGUCCUCUCGAUACCCAGCUACCGCUCCGCCUCGCCCACCCGCGUCAAGCUCGCCUCCGGUGGCGCCACCCGCUCUCCGGCCAAGUCCGUCAGCGUCUCGUCUUCUUCCUCCUCGUCCCCUGCCGCCGGCAAGAGCCGUCGGUCCUGCAUGUGCUCCCCGACGAACCACCCGGGCUCGUUUCGCUGCGGCCUCCACAAGGAGCGCAAGCAGGCGGCCCCGACCGGCAACAGCAAGCCCGGCUCCCCGCCGUCCGUCGGCAGCGCCGGCUCGAAAUGCACGGCCAGCGCGCUGGUGCGGCUUGUCCCCAUGGAGAGCGGGCACUGGGCACGCAGGGCGCUCUCGCCGUCCCCCGCGGCUCAGCAGUCGCUGCAGCGGAGGCGCGCGGGCGGGUCCCGCCCCGGGCCGAGCCGGCUCUCCGCCGUGUCCGUGGCCGGCGACAACCAGUAAAAAACCAGCGUCGACAUGCCACAGGAAAAGUAGUGUGCACAGGAGAGAAACUCCCCCUGCCAUUGUUAGAGUUGCGUCGAAUAUAGUGUACAAGGUAGGUUACAAUUGAACUUGUGUAUUGUGUUUAGAUAGGAUAUGGAGUCGUGUCCUAGUAGGACACUUGUAUCAUAGGCCUCUCAUAUAUAGCGGGGUAGACACACGAUGUAACCUAUGCCAACAUAAUAGCACCUGAACAACUUGUAUCAUAGGCCUCUCAUAUAUAGCGGGGGUAGACACACGAUGUAACCUGUGCCAACAUAAUAGCACCUGAACGCAGGGGAAGCCGGCGGCAUGUGCCGGUGUCCAGGGCGACCGGGUGCGGUAUUGUAGCUGUAUCAUGGGGAGGAGCACCGGGGAUGUAGCCAUAUCGGUGAACCUCGUUAACAAAUCUCGGUGUCGUACUCGUGUGA